UGAUUGGCAUUUAUUAGACGGUUAAUAAUGAAAAAUAUCCAAGGAUCAUAUUUCAAAAAAUAACCAUCCAUGAAUAAGACUGUUCAGCCAAUCUGGAUUUUGGUGUGUAACUUAGAAAUAUGUGAUUCCAUAUUAUUCGUCAAAUAGAGUUAAUAUAUUCCAAUUAUACCAUUUCUAUGUUCCUGCAUAUCAAGCAUAAUACACAGCUAGAGUAUCAAAUAACUCUGCUAAGAUAGAUACUGGUUCCUUUUUGUUUAAUUAUCUGAUUGUAUCGACUAUCAUUAUUGGGUGUAUUGCUAGUGAUUCCAAAGAAUGGAUGUUUUACCUGAUGCUGUUGUCCAAUACAUCCUCUCCAACAUGACGAAUGCAAGAGAUGUAGCCACCUGCGCUUGUGUCUCUAAGCAGUGGAAGGAAUCGAUGCCCUUCAUUCGAAGCCUCUACUUCGCUCGGAACUCUUUUGGUGACGAAAGCACCGAUGUUGACGCCAUUAUUGGACAGCUUAUCAUGUCAGCCGUCUGUUUAGAAGAACUGAUCAUAUACUGCCCCUUUUCCACCACAAGCCUCACGUCCUGGCUGUUGAUCAGUAGCCGGUCCCUUCGGCAUCUCGAGCUCCGUAUGGACAAUCCCAUGCAAAAGAAAGUUCUGCCCGGGAGCAUCACAGAAUUGGAUUGCAUUGGAUGGGCAAAAGGUUUGCAAACUCUAAAGCUUUGGGGUGUUUUAAUAACUCAUUCUCCCAACUGGGGCGAAUUUCAGAGUCUCCGUACUCUGGAAAUAGUUGGAGCGACGUUGAAAGACAGGGCAUUGUCAGAUACUAUUCGGGCCUGUCCUAAUCUGACCAACUUAUCAUUGCUUGGCUGUAACGGGUUGAUAUCAGUUACAAUCAAUUUGCAGCAAUUGGAACAGUGCAGACUGGAUUUUUGCGGCUGGGAUGUUUGUUCACUCUCAAUCAGCUCUCCAAAGCUUCAACUGCUUGAUAUCCAAGGUUGUAGUUGGAUCCAUGUCGAUAAGAAUCAUUGCUUAAAGAACGUCUCCAUCGCCAAUAACGAGGGUAAAGUGUGCAAGGUAGACUUGGGAAAGCUUCCGGGGCUUGAGUUCUUGUCCAUUCGAGGAGUGCAGUGGUGCUGGAAUGCAGUAAGCUCCAUACUUCAAUGCUCGAGUGAGGUGAGACACCUUGUUAUGAAGAUUGAAUUCACCGGGGAUUCAAAUCAUCUGCAGGCCUUUCCAGAGAUUGACUUGGUCGAGUUCUUCAACAACCAUCCAAAACUGCAGAAUUUUGAAAUUCAUGGAGCAAUGUUUGCUGCGUUGUGCCAAAAGAACAGCUUAAGAAGCUUGGAUUCAAGAUUUACCAUUCCUUGCUUGGAGGAAACUGUGAUCACUGUGAGGUCACCGCUCAAUGCAGAACAGAAGAUGAGCACUAUUGAGACAUUGGUUAAAUGCAGUCAGAGACUGCGAAGAAUGGUGAUUAGGGUCUCGCAGAUGAAGAGCUGCCACAGCAGUGCAGAUGAUUUCUUCGAGGAUAUUUGCAGAUUCGGACACAUGAACCAUAAGGUCAUCCAGAUCGAAUAAGCAGGGCGCUUGAUUCAAGUGACUUCAUAAGAGCUUAAUUUGGGUGCUCAUAAAAGCUAGUGAUCUUGUCAAUGCAACUUUAACUGCACUUCAGUUGAAAAUUGACCAUUCUUUUCUAAUUGGCCUUCUUUUAAUUGUUCGAAAAAUGGCUGUUCAUUUUUCUUCCUUCUCUUUUCAUUUUAUUUCUAAUGUAAUGUUUGGAUAGCUGGAUUCCAGUGUAAUUCGAUGGAAAUGGUAAUCGUAUUUGUGUGAUG